AUGAAUAUUUAAGAACCAGUGGUCGACUUGAUCGCCUUCCUAUUACCUUCUCCACCUAUCUUCUCUCAUCAAAGUGCGAUCGGAUCUGGGUUUUAUAUUUUUUUGACAAACCCUUCUCCGUGUUCCGAUCUAUCGUAGAAAGUCCCGAUCUUUCUAUCGCUUUCCUUAAUUUUACCCUUUGCUCACUCAAAAAACCCUAAUCUCGAUUUUUCUUUCCUCCUCCUCCGUUCGAUUAGACGAUCCUAUCUCCUCAGCUGGGAUCUGAGAACAUUGAAUCGUUUGUGUUUUUAUAGAAAGACCAAACCUUUUACUUCAGUUUCGAGCGGUUAGAGUCAGUGACGAUGUCGUGGGCUGGUCCUGAAGAUAUUUACCUUUCAACUUCACUCGCUAGUUAUCUCGACAGAAAGAUUCUUGUGCUCCUUAGGGAUGGUAGAAAGCUAAUGGGAACCCUCCGUUCAUUUGAUCAAUUUGCCAAUGCGGUUCUAGAAGGUGCUUGCGAGAGGGUGAUUGUUGGUGAGCAAUACUGCGACAUUCCUCUAGGCCUCUAUGUAAUCCGUGGAGAGAAUGUUGUUCUCAUUGGUGACCUGGACACCGAGAGAGAAGAGCUUCCUCCAAAUAUGAUCCGCGUAUCAGAGACAGAGAUUAAAAGGGCGCAAAAAGUGGAGAGGGAAGCGAGUGAGCUGAGAGGAACAAUGAGGAAGAGAAUGGAGUUUCUUGACUUCGAUUAACCCUAUUCAUUCUUGCCUUGAUGCUCUUCUUUGGCUCACAAGUUUUAUGAAGAGCAUUCUUGGUGUGUGAAAGUAGGUCUCUUUUUUCAUUUUGAAAGUAAUAUGACAAAAAUAAUAUGCGUGUAAUCUCUCGUCUUGGGAUCUAUUUUACCUUUUUAUUAAAAAAAAAUUUCACAA